GAUGGCGGCCGUUUUGGAGUCGCUGCUACGAGAGGAGGUAUCGGUCGCAGGCACUGUGCGGUGGAUCGCGCGCAGCACACAGAGUUCGGAGCAUGACCCCGGGGAGGCCGCCGCACUGAGUUCACUCCGGCCGCUGCGGAAGGAAUUCGUGCCAUUUCUUCUGAACUUCCUGAGGGAGCAGAGCGGCCGCGUCCUCCCGCAGGGUCCCCCAACCCCCGCCAAGGCGCCGGGCGCCUCGGCAGCCCUGCCAGGGAGACCGGGGGGCCCGCCACGGGGCAGCCGCGGGGCACGCAGCCAGCUCUUCCCUCCAAUUGAGUUGCCGGCCGCCGCCGAGGCCCCCCUGGCGCGCCGCGGUGGCAGGAGGCGGGGCUCGGGCCCGGGCCCGGCCCGCGAGCGAGGAGGCCGUGGCUCCGGAGGCCCGGAGGAGAUGGUCGGCGGGGAGAGCCUGGCCUGGACCGGAGGCCGAAAACCUCGGGGCUCUGGCAGUCCAGGCAGCCCCACCCUCCGACGUGCCGAUCCACCAAACCUCAGCAAUCUGGAGGAGUUCCCUCCUGUAGGCUCGGUUCCCUCUGGUCCUGCAAGGACGAAGCCUUCACGCAGGAUCAAUCCAACUCCGGUGAGCGAAGAGCGGUCACUUUCCAAGCCUAAGACCUGUUUCACCUCACCACCAAUCAACUGUGUCCCCAGUCCCCAGCCCUCAGCCCUGGACACUAGCCCUUGGGGCCUUGGCCUUCCCUCAGGGUGCAGAAGUCUGCAGGAGGAGCGGGAGAUGCUCAGGAAGGAGCGCUCUAAGCAGCUGCAGCAGUCACCUACCCCUGCCCAUCCCACUCCUGAAUCAGGGUCUCCCCUACCUAGUCGGACAGGAAGCCACACAGCUGAACCUGCUGACCCUGCCAAAGUUUCUUCCUGCCAGCGCCUGAAGCUGGUAGCCCUUGUCUACUCCUCGUGCAUUGCUGAAAACCUGGUCCCAAACCUUUUCUUGGAGCUUUUCUUCGUCCUUCAGCUCCUUACUGCCCGCAGAAUGGUGGCUGCCAAGGAUGAUGAACUUGAACCAACCCAAGGCACACUAGAUUCCUUGGAAACCCCACUGUUCCAAAGUGUCCAUGACUGUGUCUUUUUUGCCGUGCAAGUUUUGGAGUGUCAGUUUCAGGUUCUUUCCUACCUGGAUAAAGGGACCUUGAAGCUGUUGGCUGAGAAUGAGCGGCUGCUGUGCUUCUCACCAGCUCUGCAAGGCCGCCUGCGAGCUGCCUACGAGGGCAGUGCUGCCAAGGUCUCUCUGGUGAUGCCCUCCUCUGCUCAAGCUGUCUCCUUUCAGCCAGAAACUGACAAUCGUGCCAACUUCAGCAGUGACCGAGCCUUUCAUACCUUUAAAAAACAAAGGGAUGUGUUUUAUGAGGUGCUUCGAGAGUGGGAAGAUCGCCAUGAGGAGCCCGGCUGGGACUUUGAGAAGGGCUUGGGCAGCAGGAUCAGAGCCAUGAUGGGUCAACUCUCCGCAGCUUGCAGCCACAGCCAUUUUGUUCGGCUCUUCCAAAAACAGCUGCUUCAGAUGUGUCAGAGCCCUUGUGGGGCUGGGGGCUCUGUCUUGGGGGAAGCUCCCGAUGUACUAAGUAUGCUGGGAGCUGACAAGUUGGGGCGGUUGCGACGUCUGCAGGAACGACUUGUGGCUCCCCAGAGCAGUGGGGGACCGUGUCCACCCCCCACCUUCCCAGGCUGUCAGAGCUUCUUCAGGGAUUUCAUCUUAAGUGCCAGCAGCUUCCAGUUUAAUCAGCACCUCAUGGAUAGUUUGAGCUUGAAGAUCCGGGAGCUCAAUAGUCUCGCUCUGCCUCAGCUUGAGCCAAGUGAUGAAGAUGGGGAGUCGGAUGUGGACUGGCAGGGUGAACGGAGGCAGUUUGCUGUGGUGCUGCUCAGCCUGAGACUUCUGGCUAAAUUUUUGGGUUUUGUGGCUUUCCUGCCGUACCGAGGACCAGAACCGCCCCCAACCCGAGAACUUCAGGAUUCCAUCUUGGCUCUCAGGAGCCAGGUUCCUCCGGUCUUGGAUGUGCUGACUCUGCUGCAGGAGGGACUGGGAGCCCACCGAGCAGUGCUCACUGUGCCCUGGCUGGUGGAGUUCCUUUCUUUCGCUGACCACAUUGUUCCUUUGCUGGACUAUUACCGGAGCACCUUCGCUCUCCUGCUACACCUACAUCGGAGCUUGGUCUUAUCAAAGGAGAAUGAAGGGGAGAUGUGUUUCCUGAACAAGUUGCUGCUGCUGGCUGUUCUGGGCUGGCUUUUCCAGAUUCCCACAGUCCCUGAGGACUUGUUUUUUCUGGAAGAAGGUCAGUUGGAUGCCUUUGAAGUAGACCCACUAGCCUCAGAGCAUGGCUUGGACAGCAUGCCUGUGGUGGACCAGCAGCUGCUCUACACCUGCUGCCCCUAUAUCGGAGAACUCCGGAAACUGCUUGCUUCGUGGGUUUCGGGCAGCAGUGGGCGGAGUGGAGGCUUUGUGAGGAAAAUCACCCCUACCACUACCACCAGCUUGGGAGCCCAGGCUCCCCAGAAGAUGCAGGGGCUGCAGGCACAGCUGGCCCAGGCCUUUUUCCACAACCAACCACCCUCCCUGCGUAGGACUGUGGAGUUUGUGGCAGAGAGAAUUGGAUCCAACUGUGUUAAACAUAUCAAGGCCACACUGGUGGCAGACCUGGUGCGCCAGGCAGAGUCACUUCUCCAAGAGCAGCUGAUGACACAGGGACAGGAAGUGGGAGAUCCAUCCCAGCUGUUGGAGAUCUUGUGUUCCCGGCUGUGCCCCCACGGGGCCCAGGCACUGGCCCAGGGUCGGGAGUUCUGCCAGAAGAAGAGUCCUGAGGCAGUGCGGGCCCUGCUUCCGGAAGAGACCCCAGCAGCUGUUCUUAGUAGUGCGGAGAACAUUGCUGUGGGGCUGGCAAUAGAGAAAGCCUGUGCCUGGUUGUCAGCCAACAUCACAGCACUGAUUAGAAGAGAGGUGAAAGCGGCAGUGAGUCGCACCCUUCGGACCCAAGGUCCUGAACCAGCUGUCCGGGGGGAGCGGAGGGGCUGCCCCCGUGCCUGUGAGCACCAUGCUCCCCUCCCUUCCCACCUCAUCUCCGAGAUAAAAGAUGUGCUCUCUCUGGCUGUGGGCCCCCGAGACCCAGAGGAGGGAGUGUCCCCAGAGCAUCUGGAACAACUCUUGGGUCAGUUGGGCCAAACACUGCGGUGCCGCCAGUUCCUGUGCCCACCUGCUGAGCAACAUCUGGCAAAGUGCUCAGUGGAGUUAGCAUCCCUCCUUGUUGCAGACCAAAUUCCUAUCCUCGGGCCCCCAGCACAGUGCAGGCUGGAGAGAGGACAGGUUCGAAGGCUUCUGCACAUGCUGCUUUCCCUGUGGGAGGACGACUUCCAGAUGCCAGUUCCUCUCCAGCUACUGCUGAGGCCAAGAAAUGUGGGCCUUCUAGUGGACACUCGGCCAAGAGAGUGGGACCUGUUGCUGUUCUUGCUCCAGGAGCUGAUCGAGCGGGGUCUGAUGGGACGGACGGAGAUAGAGGCCUGCCUGGGCAGCCUCCAAGAGGCCCAGUGGCUAGGGGACUUUGCUAAAGAAUUAGCAACUCUGUUCAAGCUGUUUCUAGCUGAGCCCCACGUACCAGAACCACAGCUAAGAGCUUGUGAACUGGUGCAGCCCAACCGGGGCACUGUGCUGGCCCAGAGCUAGGAUGAGAGGUGGCCCUGCUGUGGGCAUCUCACCAGAACUUGGGAACCUCGCCGCAGGAGCAGACCCAAGCGCCCAGUGC